AUGGACACGCAAGCAGCUUCAUGUGAGCAAGGGUAUUUUCAACAAACGCUGUGCGAAUCCCUGGAACACAUUUGUGAGACAAGAGCUGAACAAGUACAACAAAGUAAAAGGACGUGGGGUGGGGGAUCGUUUAAAAUUGCCCAGGCACUACAGAAAGAUAUCAAUGGCUUCGAAGGGCUCUACCUUGUUGUUCAUGGUGACGUUGAGCAGUAUCAUGAACCGAAGCUCUUUUACACACCAAAGGUCGCCUCAUUCAUCAAAGGUGUGCUUGGCAUGGAGCCAAAGUGUCUCACACUGGAACUUGACUCUUGGGUCGUUGGAGAUUUUGAAAAUUAUGGUGUUGCUCUCCAAAACCACCUGCUUGCUGCUGUGCAAAAUCCUGGGGAGAUUGGCCACUGUGAAGAUCUAAUUAAGAUGCUCAACAGCCUUGUGAACUCAAGUUGUUUGUGGGUGACACUCACCAAAGAUGAGAUAGCGGAGCACAAGAAUGAAAACCAGGAGUGUGAGGCUCAUGGCGACGCUAAGAGUGCGGAGUGGGUGGAGGAUGAGGAUGAGGAUGAGGAGGACGAGGAUGAAGAUGAGAAUGAAGACGAGGACAAGAUGGGUGGGGAUGGAGCUGACGUCACGAGUGAGGGGGCCGCUGUCUAG